AUGUCAAAGUUUGAUCCAUAUGAACACCUCAAGAUUAUUAAAAACCAAGAUGGUACCCUCACACGCCUAAUGAAAAUCCCACAACUUCCGGCAACCGGAGACGUUGACCUUCUCCCGGGUCAAACAGUCGUUAGCAAGGAUAUUACCCUCGAUGCCACCAAGAACACAUGGGUUCGAAUUUUUCGACCCGUAAAAAUACCCUCCAAUGACAACAAAAUUGCAAGAUUGCCAUUGGUUAUAUACUUCCACGCGGGUGGUUGGAUUAACUUCCAAGUUUCGGAUCGCGUGAACCACGAAACCAUGAACAAACUCGCGUUUGAGGUUCCAGUCAUUGCAGUCGCAGUAAACUACCGUCUGGCCCCAGAGACUAGACUCCCGGGCCAAUACGAUGACGCGAUGGACGCGUUAAAUUGGGUGAAAAAACAAGCCACGGACCCGAAUGGUGAACCGUGGAUCACAGAAUAUGUGGAUUUUUCGAGAGUUUUUCUCUACGGGACUUCAUGUGGGGCUAACAUUGUUUUGCACACAGCUUUACGAGUUAUCAAUCAGGAUAUAUCGCCAUUAACGAUAGCUGGAAUCAUACUAUGUGAGCCCUUUAUCGGGGGCAAAAAACGGACGAGAUCUGAGCUAAAAAUGGCUGCGGAUUUGUUGUUUCCAUUGCCGGUGAUUGAUCUAUUGUGGGAGCUUGCAUUGCCGAAUGGCACAGAUCGAGAUCAUAGAUUUUGCAACCCGUUAGCGGAUCAACAAGUAAAGAAAAAGAUGGAGAAGUUAGGGAGGUGUUUGGUUAUAGGUUUUGGAGGGGACCCAUUGAUUGAUAGGCAACAAGAACUUGUGCAAAUGAUGGUGAUGCAAGGGGUUGUGGUUGAAGCAAGAUUUGAUGAUGUAGGGUUUCAUGGGAUUGAGAUUGUUGAUCCAAAAAGAGCUGAUGCAAUUCUCAGUUUUGUUAAAGAAUUCAUUCUUUGAAAAUUUUGUCUAUAUAAAUUACAUGUUAAUUUCUGUUUCUCUAAUGUAAAAUUAUUUUUUAUACUUUUGUUUAG